AUGACUUCUAUCGCAGCAAAAUUCCACAACCAACUGCUGGUCCAAAGUGAGGACCAGCAUGGUAACCUGCGACCUGUCUCUGCUCUCGACAAUGAUUCUAUCAGACCAGUCCCAGUGAAAGACCGAAAAUGGAACCAGCUGACUUACAUGCUGUUUUGGCUUUCGGCAACAGCAAAUGUCAGCAACUUAUACUCCGCCUCGACUGGUAUGACGGCGGGUCUUUCGAUGUGGGAGGCAAUUGCUUGCACGCUAGGUGGUCAGUUUUUGGCCGGAUGUCUCAUAGCGAUCAAUGGGCGUGCUGGCGCCGUCUAUCGAAUUCCGUUUCCUGUUCUCUGCCGUGCUUCUUUCGGCACCUGGGGCGCCUUGUGGCCCACCUUCAACCGUGCCUGCAUGUCGAUUGUGUGGAAUGGUGUCAAUUGCGUCCAGGGAGCCCAGUGUUUACAUGUCUUUUUACAUGCUAUCUUUCCAUCGAUUGUAAAUAUCCCCGACAAGAUGGGCUCAAAGUCUGCGCUGACAUCGGCACAAAUGAUGUGUUUCUUCGUAUACUGGAUUGUAAACUGUGCUUUCCUCGUCAUCCCCAUACCGAAAAUGAGGGGCCUCAUCUAUGUCAAAGUAGUCGCCUUCUUUGGCGCAGUCUUUGUUAGUGGAUCAACGAAGAGCUGGUUGAUAUGCAAAUUCUUCUUUCUCGGACUUGCUAGCUGUGGCACUUUUAUUUCCAACGCCGCCGACCUCCAACGCUACACAAGAAAGCCCAAUGAUCCAAUUGCAGGACAGGUGAUUAGCUUCCCACUCUCGAAUUUUAUCGUUGCUGUUUGUGGCAAUGUCAUUGCUGCGGCUAGCAAGAGGAUAUUCGGAGAACUCAUUUGGAAUCCGUUGACUCAUCUGGAUAUGCUAAUGGAGGGCGACCGAUACACUCAUGCCAACCGCGCAGGCUGUGCUCUUAUCUCCCUAUGUUUGAUGUUCGCGACACUCACCUCGGCUAUAUUCGAAAACUCUAUCCCAGCUGGUAACGAUAUUGCCGCAUUACUGCCCAAAUACAUCACCGUUAAGCGAGGUUUCUUCAUCUGUGCGAUUCUCUCCUACGCCAUUUGUCCGUGGUAUUUGCUCGCUACGGCUGCCGUGUUCAUCAACUUCCUCUCCUCUUAUCAAAUCUUCCUUUCCGCCAUUGCCGGUAUUUUGAUUUGCGACUACUACCUCCUUCGCAAAGGAUAUCUAGAUAUCCCCCUUCUCUACAAAGGACGGAAGAGCAGUGACGGAAAUCAUAUUAAUAACAUUUACUACUACAAAGGUGGAUUCAAUGUUCGCGCCUUUGUCGCUUACCUUAUCCCUGUCGCCAUUCAUUUUUACGGUUUCCUCAAUCAGAUGGGCGUUUCUGCGCCAACCGGUAUCAUCAAGUUUUACUACGUCGCAUAUCCUACGGGUCUAUUGAUUGCAUUGGGGUUAUACUAUCUCAUUUGUGUCUUGUUUCCCGCUCCAGGCAUCGAUAGACAUGCUGGCUGGAAUGAACCGAAAAAUUAUAUUGACGAGCAUGAUCUAUCGGGAAUUACCGAAGGUAUAAUCCAGGAUGUAGAAGUGGUGGCGCAGUGUAUCGUGGGCGAAAAGAGUCGCAAUCUUUCAGAAAAGGUAUUUUCUGAGGCGGAUUCUGCUUAG